ACGCCGGCGGCGCCGGAACACCUGGAGGGGUGGUGGCGGUGCCUCCAGCUCGGCCCUGCCCUCCCGUUCGCAGCGGGCAAGGUUCUGCAGAUGGCAGGAUUCCGAAGAUUAAGACUCUAGACUGAUUACAGUGUCUGAAGAAAACAAGAAACAUGGAAGGUCAUAAGUACAAUUAUCCAAGGGAAUUUUAUGACCAAUAUGCUCAAAGCCAGGAAAAAUCUGUGGUCAAUAAGAUGCAACAAAAAUACUGGAAAACAAAACAAACCCUUAUAAAAGUUACAGGAAAAAAAGAAGAUGAACAUGUUGUGGCUUCAGAUGCAGAUCUGGAUGCAAAACUUGAGCUGUUCCAUUCUAUUCAGAGAACAUGUAUGGAGCUGCUGAAAGCAAUUGAACUUUAUCAAAAAAGGAUUUGUUUUCUUUCUCAGGAAGAAAAUGAAUUGGGGAAAUUUCUUCGAUUGCAGGGCUCUCAGGAUAAAACGAGAGCAGGAAAAAUGAUGCAAGCCACAGGAAAGGCUCUCUGCUUUUCUUCUCAGCAAAGAUUAGCACUGCGUACACCUUUGAGUAGAUUAUACCAAGAAGUGGAGACUUUCAGGUACAGGGCCAUCUCAGACACUUCUCUGACAGUAAACCGAAUGGAACAGUAUCGGACUGAAUAUAGAGGAGCUCUACUCUGGAUGAAAGAUGUGUCUCAGGAGCUGGAUCCAGAUCUUUAUAAACAGAUGGAAAAGUUCAGGAAGGUUCAAGCUCAAGUGCGACAUGCAAAACUCAACUUUGACAAACUGAAAACUGAUGUCUGUCAAAAAGUGGAUCUUCUGGGAGCAAGCAGAUGCAACCUCCUUUCUCAUGUGUUAACAACAUAUCAGAUAACACUUCUUCAUUUUUGGGAAAAAACUUCACACACGAUGGCAGCCAUCCAUGAAAGUUUCAAAGGUUAUCAGCCGUAUGAAUUCACUAUGUUAAAGAGCUUACAAGAUCCUGUGAAUAAACUAACAGAAAAAGCAGAAAAGGAGGACCUGCAGAUUGAGAGCACCAAAUCAGUACAAGAUCAGCACAGUCAGUUGAUUUCUUUAGAUGACGAGAGCCAUACCAAGGAAUCAAACUGUUCAGGUGCCAUAGAUGACUUGCUAGACCUGCAACCUGAAGAAAAUGCUUCAAAGAAUCAGUUUGUGAAGUCCUUGGAGUCAGAACCUGGUGAUGACAUGGUGUUACUGAAUGAGAUUCUCAACGCUUCCUCCCCAGACGAUGGGGAAUUCAGCAAAGAGUGGACAGCUGUUUUUGGACAGGUUGCACUUGCUGAUCUCACCAUGAACUCUUCAGCUGGAGAUAUGGAAAGUACUUCAUCAUCUGUGGCACCAACACCAUCAGGCUACUUGCCAUCACAGCUGUUAGACCAAAACAUGAAUGACUUGCAGUCAUCUUUACAUGGAUGGGCAGCUAACAGUGUGAGCCCGCCAUCUAUACCACAGCCAGCACAGAAACCAAACAGCCUGAAUGUGAACGCUAACAAGACACCCCCCUUAAGAGAACCUACAAAGAAUCCUAAAGACUUGACUGCCUGGUUCAGUCUCUUUGCUGACCUUGACCCGUUAUCCAAUCCUGAUGCUGUUGGGAAAACUGAUAAGGAACAUGAAUUGCUUAAUGCAUGACUCAGCUGCCUAUGGUAACUCACAUUCUUCCAUUCAUCAACACUAUUUUGGAGUUUUAAAAGAAAAUUAGUAUGCUGUUGUGAAACUGAAGUAUGUGCCAUGAUAAUAAAACUAAAGGGAAUGAAUCCCCUUUUAUAUAGGUACAGUUAUUUGCUCUUGUUUUGUAUAAAGAGUUCGCAUUUAUUUUCUACGUGGAUUUACAAAAAUGAAGUUAAGAAUUAGGGCAGAUUUCUUGCCAAAUUAGAUUAUCAGCUGAAACACCAUCUUUGCCUGAGGUGAUGCAAAGCUAACACUGGAGUGAAAUACAAAUUGCAGACCUAUUUUUUUAUAAUGUUUCUUGAGUAAAUAAAAACCAACAUGUAACUGGGGAGGCUGCAUGAGUCAAACACCUAUCAUGUAUCUAAAAUAUAUAUCAAUGCUCUGUUAAAAUGCCAACUAAAUUUGUUUUGUUAGUACUUUCAGUGAAAAACCUGUGCUAAGGCUAAUUACUGAAGAAAUGCAAUUGGGUUCAUGCAUCCAUGGAAAUUGCACCCUUUCUGAUUUAACUUAUUAAACAAACUGCACUACAUAAGUAAAAGUCAUGCCCAGCAGGCUUCUUUUCUGAUGUUUCUCUCCAUUGCACCAACAGAAUUUACACCUGUUUGCAGAAGUUUCUCAUGACUGAUGCUUUACCAUGCUUUUAAAACAUUCAUAUUUCUGUUGGGAGUAUUUUUCAUCCAGUUUCUUUCUGAAGCAUGUGUUAUUUUGAGCUUGCUGUGACAUUAACUCUUUAAUAAAAUAAUUUUGAGAAAAAGGACCUUUUAUUCCCACU